AUGCUCUGCUGGAGCCACAGUAGCAUUCUGGUUUCCAUUGUUGGGGUGAGUGUUGCGCGCAACCACAUUGGUAUUCCUUCUGAAGAGUUCUGUGCAUACCCCACCGUGGUGCACACACUGGUACCAGCAGUACCAAUCCGGGAGCCCACGGCUUCGGUCGGUGCUGUCUCGUGCCCCACCGAGCUCGUGAAGAAGUUAAGCCAAAGUGGAGUUCUGCUGGAUUUCUUGCUUUUCUCAGGUGGCAGUCCAGGCAAUGGAGAUUCUGGGCUUGUCUCCAGUUCCUGCCUGUCAUCCGGAGCUGGCAUGCUGGGACUGUCGCGGAUUCAGCAGAACCCAUUUGCCAUCAAGACCACCAUCCCAACGAGGAGCGUAGCAGACAGCACGGAAAACAAAGAGUCGAAGCCCAUUGUUGCUCCGCCCACCUUAGUUCUUGGCGCAGACAAUGCCUGCGCAGUGUCAUCAUCUGGGAGCCGGAUAGUGCUCCGGCCGUCGGCCCUUGCUUUCCAAGCUGAAAAGCUGAAGCAGACAUCACCAGAUGCAGCAUCAACAGAAACGAAGGACAACUCGACCACAGCGACUGCUACCAAAGAACAGCAGCACCAGCAGCAGGCACCAUCAGCAUCCAGGGACCCCCGCGAGGUGUCGUCCACGUGUGAAUCCACCACUAGCCCUGUCACAAAUGGCACGCGGACGAGCGGCACAGUGUCCGGUGCGGAGGACGACAACAGUGGCAGCACCACAACCUCCAGCAGUGGCCGUACCGUCGGCGAGAGCAGCAGCAGCUUUGGCUUGGCCCUAGGGGACCUACGGAAUGGCACCUCGUCGUCCGAACACCUGCCAACCCUCGGCAGUGGUGGCGGACUGCUCAGCUCGGCAACAGAUGAUGCCAUCCACUCGCCACAUGCAGCAGCGCCACCUGACGGAUUCGUCUUUGGCGAGAACCUGCGGGAGCGGGCUGCGAACUUUGAGGACGCCUCGUCGGACUCCUCGGUUGCGCCGACGUCAACAGAGCUCUCCUUCCAGCAGUUCCAGCAACAGGCUGGCCAAAGCAGCGUAGCCAGUGCGGAGCAGCCAGCGGAGGUCGCAUCUGCGGCGAGUCGGCAUGCCAAAAGCCUGACUGAGUCGGCCGAGGAGUACCAGUUGCGGCAAGUCAAGCGGACGUACGACGAGGUCGCCGUGGUUACCGGAGAAGAGAACGAGUCCAACGUGCUGCAGAUCAACUGCAAGCUCUUCACCUUCGACAAGUCAACGAGUUCCUGGCAGGAACGGGGCCGUGGCAGCUUGCGACUCAACGACCAGGAGGUCGAUGGUGUGCUGCAAUCAAGAAUGGUGAUGCGGACACAGGGCAGCUUGCGCGUCAUCCUGAACACCAAGGUGUGGUCCGGAAUGGUUGUGGAGCACCCCAGUUCAAAGACAGUUCGCACGACAGCCAUCGACCCUGACGGAAUUCGUGUCUACCUCAUUCAGGUAAGAGAGGGAAGUUGCAGUGAUAUUUUGUAGGGGUGUGCAAAUACU